CUCUCCCGCCGGACACUUGGAGCAGUUUAGGGACGACACCUUGCUAAAUAUACAUGUGUAUCGCAGACCUCUGCUGUUCUGUCAUGCCUGCUGUCAUCCCGAUGCCCAGCGCCUGCGCUAGUCCACUGCAGCUGACGUCACACCCAGCAUGGCGGUCAAGGUGCAAGCAACAAGAAGAGCGGACCCCCAUGACUUGAAGACUAUUUUUCAGAAGUAUGCCAGUGUGUUGGAGGAUGGGGAGCAUUACAUGACCCCCCGAGACUUUGUGCAGAGUUACCUGGGUCUGCAUACACAACCUCAGCAUAAUCCUAAAACAGUGGAGCUGAUAGCUGGAGUGGCUGACACGACUAAAGAUGGAUUGAUCUCUUUUCAAGAGUUUCUUGCCUUUGAGUCAGUUCUGUGUGCCCCUGAUGCCCUGUUCAUAGUGGCCUUUCAACUGUUUGACAAGACCGGCACAGGGAACAUCUCAUUUGAGAAUGUGCGCGACAUCUUCAGCCAGACCACAGUUCAUCACCACAUUCCCUUCAACUGGGACUGCGAGUUCAUCAGACUACACUUUGGCCAUGAAAGAAACAAGAACCUCAGCUACACAGAGUUCACCCAGUUCUUGCAGGAGCUGCAGUUGGAGCAUGCCCGCCAGGCGUUUGCACAGAAGGACAAGAAAAAAGGCGGCACCAUCACUGCCUUGGACUUCAGCGACAUUAUGGCCACCAUUAGACACCACAUGCUGACACCAUUUGUAGAGGAGAACCUGGUUUCAGCUGCAGGCGGUAGCACAUCCCACAUGGUGAGCUUCUCCUACUUUAACGCCUUCAAUGCCCUCCUCAACAACAUGGAGCUGGUCCGCAAGGUUUACAGCACCCUCACAGGCACUCACAGGGACACGCUUGUUACUAAAGAGGAGUUUGCUCAUGCUGCAAAUAAGUUUGGUCAAGUCACUCCAAUGGAGAUUGACAUCUUGUACCAGCUUGUCGGUCUCCACACUCACUCUGGGCGGCUGAACCACGCAGACAUCGAGAGGAUAGCCCCACUGGAGGAAGGAGCCAUGCCAUACCACCUAGCUGAGGCUCAGAGACAGCACACUCAGCACGACACAUCUCGUCCCAUCUGGCUCCAGGCUGCGGAGUCUGCCUACAGGUUUUCUCUGGGCUCAAUCGCUGGAGCUACUGGUGCCACUGCUGUUUACCCCAUCGACCUGGUGAAGACGCGCAUGCAGAACCAGCGCUCCACAGGCUCCUUUGUAGGAGAGCUGAUGUACAAGAACAGCUUUGACUGUGCCAAGAAAGUGCUGCGUUAUGAGGGCUUCUUCGGAUUCUACAGAGGUCUCCUCCCGCAGCUCAUCGGCGUUGCCCCAGAGAAAGCUAUCAAACUCACGAUGAAUGAUUUUGUCAGAGACAAGUUCACCACACAAGAUGGUACCAUCCCUCUGGUAGCAGAGAUCCUUGCUGGUGGAUGUGCUGGAGGUUCCCAGGUGAUUUUCACCAAUCCUCUGGAGAUUGUUAAGAUCCGUCUGCAGGUGGCUGGAGAGAUCACCACAGGGCCCCGGGUCAGUGCCCUGAAUGUUGUGAGAGAACUGGGCUUCUUUGGCCUCUACAAGGGAGCCAAAGCUUGCUUCCUGCGUGACAUCCCCUUCUCUGCCAUCUACUUCCCUGUUUAUGCCCACACCAAGGCCAAACUGGCAGAUGAGGAUGGAACACUGGGGGCAUUGCAGCUGCUCUCAGCUGGAGCUAUCGCAGGUGUACCAGCAGCUUCACUCGUGACCCCUGCUGAUGUCAUCAAGACCAGGCUCCAGGUGGCGGCCCGGGCUGGCCAGACCUCAUACAACGGAGUCAUCGACUGCUUCAGGAAGAUCCUUAGGGAGGAAGGUUUCAGGGCAUUUUGGAAGGGGGCGGCAGCUCGCGUCUUCAGAUCUUCGCCACAGUUUGGUGUCACCCUGGUGACCUAUGAGCUGUUACAGAGAUGGUUCUACGUUGACUUUGGAGGACAUCGUCCCACUGGCUCUGAGCCCGCUCUCAAACCUACCCUUGAGGACCUUCCCUCUGUGACUGCAGACCAUGUAGGCGGCUACCGUCUGGCUGCUGCAACCUUUGCUGGCGUGGAGAGAAAGUUUGGUCUGCACCUGCCAAAGUUCAAGUCUUCCAGUGAGGCGACAAUCAAACCAGCGGAGUCAGUAAAUGAGCCGCAGCCUUCAUAAAACCGUCUCAUUGUGCCUGAGAGGGCUGCAUGCUACCACAGUCAUGUUUCCUCUGAAAGCGUUUUAUUCAACCACAUGCGACACAAUGCCUUUGAGCGACUGUCCUACUUUUAAUGCUGCAUGAGUUUGGCUUUCUUGCGUUUUUCUUUGCACAACUUUAUUGUACAUGUUGUACUUCUCUACAGAGGGACAUUAUGGCCUUACUACAGAUUGUUACUGCUUUCCCUGGUGUGCGACAGCUUUGGUGUGCAUGUGUCAGUGAAAUUUUAGAGACACAAGGAUGUACAGAUGUUUUCAAAAGUCUUUGUUUUGGAAUCAUGACCAGGGACUUGGGGACAUAAUUUAAAUGUAUUUAUUGUAUUUUAUUGAAAUAAACCAUUCAAACUGUU